AUGACACCUGAAAUUGAUGAUAAAAAUGAACAAUUAUUAAUUAUUGAUUGUGGUUUACCCAAGGGGAAAACAUCGUACUUUUGUACUUUAAAAUUUUAUCAACAAUAUCCAACAUAUUGCUAUUCCAUUUCAUCAUGUUCUUCAACAACUACGGAUGUUGAAUAUUAUCCAAUAUCUCAAAUUUUAUCUGGUCUUUAUCUCGACAAUGAAUAUGAUGCAAAAAAUAUUAAUUUAUUAAAACAAAAUGAAAUAAAAAUUAUAAUUAAUGUAACAUCAAUACCAUGUUAUGAUGAAAAUGAACAAUUAUUUGAUUAUAUUCGAAUACCUUGUAAUAAUAAAUGUCAAGAAAAUAUUCUUCAAUAUUUUGAAAAAAAUUUUCUAUUGAUACAUCAAAAGUUAUUAUUCAAUCAAAAUAUUCUUAUUCAUUGUCAAGCUGGAAUUAGUCGUAGUGCAUCAUUUGUUAUUGGAUAUUUAAUGAAAUAUAAUUUCAAAUCCUGGGAUCAAGCAUAUUCAUUUGUUAAAGAAAAAAGAAGUAUAAUCAAGCCAAAUUUUGGUUUUCUUACUCAAUUAAUGCAUUAUGAAGAAAUUAUUCAUUAA